UUUUGUUGUCAUCUAUUAAUAGUGACGUAAUCUAACGUAAUAAACUAUGUGUUGCAGCGUAUCUCUUAGAUAUAUAAAAAAUAUGAUAUUUGCGACCAUUUUGCGACAUUAAUAUUUGUACAACUUUAUGAUAGAAAUUUGUUGAUUAUUGCGAUGUUGUAGCGAAGUAACCGACACAUCAGAAGGUCCGAAUUUUCAACGGCUGUCUUCUGUUUAUUCAAACUUGGACUUGGAAGCACAAAAAAAUUUGUUAAUAUAGAAAGAUUUAACUAAUUGAAAUUGAUUAAUACGAGAAAUAAAAUAGAACGUAUUGAAAUGCCGGUUGUAUAGCGAGUAUACUAUGAAAAAAAGAAAAUUAUUCAACUAAUCAAGCAUUGGCUACAUAUGUACAUAUAUGCGUUUUUGCAAUAAAAAUUUAUUGUGUAUAAAAGAUAGUACACAAGAAUAGGAGCGUUACAAGUAUGUUCUGAUUGUGAAGAGAGAAUCUCGAAUCACUAGCGUGAGCGACAUUUAAUUGACAAUCGAACAUAAAGUAAAGGCACUUGCUAAAUGUUCGAAUAUAAUUGGCGACUUGCGAUCGCAAUUUCGAUAAUCGGGACUGUAAGAAAAUUUUUUCCGUUGUCGGAUGAUGUCGUGAUGUGAGUUGGAGCCGCCCACUUUUAUCAAACGUUACUAAACCAAAUUGUCAGCGUCAUGUGGAAAUUAUUACAUCACAUUGAGAAGUAAUCCAAUGAUACAGUCAUUAGCACGGCCAUGUAUGAGUCUGCAUAUCCGCGUACGCUAUCACACACAGCGACUCUUAUUUAUCACAGUGUAUAUAAAUGCGAUGAUUGCCAUAUCACUGCGGCAGUUUUCAUUCACAUUUAGCGCGGGGUUUUCAUAUUGAUAUUCAACGUUGAACGAGAAUCGCACAAUUUCGUCAUCAUAUUCGUCAUCGACUUGAAGUUCUGUCGUAAUAAGGUCUUAUUCCGUCGCGAUGGUGGAUUCCGUAUUUCGUACCCGUUCUCUCGGUACACCAGCCGAAGGUGUCAAGGAUCAGUAUGCGGAUGGUAAAGCGGCAAAAGUCUGGGAGAUAUUUAUCGGUGAUACAAAACAACGUACACAAAACUAUCGGGAUUUCUUAGUGGGCCUAUUGCGGCAAAAAGGAUGUCAUCGAAUAUUGGAUGUCGCCUGUGGUACCGGCAUCGAUUCCGUAAUGCUGCUGGAAGAGGGUUUCCAAGUCGUCAGCGUCGAUGCGUCUGACAAAAUGCUCAAAUAUGCACUAAAAUCCAGAUGGGAGCGUAGAAAGGAGCCUGCCUUCGAUAAUUGGGUGAUCGAAGAAGCAAAUUGGUUAACUUUACCCAGCGAUAUUAGCCACCUUAUUGGAGAAGGUUUCGAUGCUGUUAUAUGUUUGGGAAACAGCUUUGCCCACAUGCCUGAUUCUUACGAUGAUCAGAGAGAGCAGAGACAAGCCUUGGCGAAUUUUGAACGUUGUGUAAAACCGGGAGGCUUACUGCUCAUCGAUCACAGAAAUUACGAUUAUAUAAUGCGAACUGGUCAAACUCCUUCAAAAUGCAUAUAUUAUAAUAGCGAGCAUACGUCGGAUAUCAAGACGUCGGUGCUCUACGUUGGCGGAAAACCGAAAAUUGUUACUAUGGAUUACAUGAUCGCUCUGGAUGAAAACAACAAAGACAAUCCUGAAUAUAUCAGCGAAUUCAGAUUGUCGUAUUAUCCUCACAGAUUGACAGUUUUCCGUGAUAUGUUGACCGAAGCAUUUAGCCACGGAGCGAAACACACCAUUUACGGAGACUUCAAACCGCUCAAUCAUAUCGAGGAUCCCGGCUUUUACAUCCACGUACUGGAGAAGCAAUAUUAAAAUAGUACAUCAUAAACAGUCAUACAUAAAUAGCCAAGUAAUUACGUGACAUUAGUUUUUAAAUCAAUUGUGUCGUCAAUUCUUCGGAAUAAACACCAGAAUGACAAUCAAUGUAAAAUAUAUUGAAUCAAUUUGUCUACGCUAAAAAACGAAAUAUGUGUUUGCAAAUUUUUUAUUUAACGUAAGAACUAAUUAGAAUUAAUCAGGGAUGGCAAAUCGUUACUUCUUUGCUACUUUUAUUUUUUUAUAAUAACGACGUUAAAAUUUUUUAUUAUGGUAAUAACGCUAGAGUUGGAAAACAAUCAUUUUUAACAAACCACUUGUUGUCAUUGUGCAAUAUUCAUUGAAAAAAGUAACUCGUUAGUUAACUCAUUACGUAACGAAGAAAAGUAACGCAAAAAGUCACGCGUUACUUUGGCUCGUUACGUAACAAGCUAACAUACAAGUUAGUAUUUUUCAAUGAACGAGCUAAUUGUCAAAAGUGAUUAUACCAACCCUGGCCUUACUAUUAUUAUUUUAGAAAUUUCAACAUUAUUACCAAACUAUAAAAAAGUAACGAUCGUAAAACGAGUAACGGCGUUAUUUAGUGCAACUCGUUACUUGCCAUCCCUGGAAUGAAUUAUGUAGUGACUAUUGUUGCGAAACAUAAUAUAAAAAUGUAUAUGUAUAUUAAGAAAUAUAUUUUGCACUUAUAAUUUA